UUACUGUCUCCAGACCAAACGCUGGUGUCUCUGUUCCAGUGCUGCUGAAAUAUCUCCUCACUCCUGUUUAGAGAUCACCGUGAAAAAUAAAUGGCCAAAUUGUUUGUCAGUGAGGAGGUCUGACUUACCCCCCUCUCUUCCUAUCCGCAUCAAAUGCACACUCGCAGAGCUGCUGUAUGGAAACGACACACACACACACACGAGUGUUUUAAUCAAGUGUGUGGCGUCCGAGUUUAGUCAGCAGCUGUUCAAGAAGCUUGUAGUUCUGCGGAAAAAAGCAAUGCAUGUUAAAACCAUGACACGUCCAGUUAGCAGGCUGUGCAGCUAGCAGGCUAACUAGCUACUUUUAUUCUCAGUAACAGAGCUAGAAAAUGGAGCUACUGCCCAGUAAAACACUGUCCACAGAUGCAUGUGCCUAGAGAGAAAAUCCCCAGUUUAAUUAAUCACUGUGGAUGUUUGUGUUCGGACUGGGAGACAUUUCGACGACAUUGUCAUCGGAGAGUUUGACAGGAGUGAAAUAUUCCCCCAUACUGUACUGUACUUGGCUUUUCUCCUCCAAACCCGAAGCAAGAUGGACUCUCAUUCGGCUUGUCUGUCUUGUCAGAGCUCAGAUCGACAUUUUGCAAAGAGAUGAAAAUGUGUGCUGAACGGUGGAGGUCAUCGUCAUUGCAUGACAAAGGCUGUGGCAGAUUCAUCUUCAUCACUCAUACAGCAUUUCCAUAGCUUUUUCUUCAGUGCGGUAGUACCAUGAAGGGUGGAGGACGGGGUAAGGAGCCUCCUGCUGCUGGUGAGGUCACUUGCAAGCGUCCAAAACGCAAAUGCCUGCAGUGGCACCCACUUCUCUCCAAAAAAGCUUUGGAUUUCUCUGAGGAGGAAGAAGAAGAGGAUGAGGAGGAGCUGGAGAAGCAGCCAGUGCUGUGUGGCCAGGAGCAGGGCCCGCAGGUGCAGUGUGGAAGCACAACAGAGGAAGUGGAGGAGGAUUCUAAUGAACAGCGCGCACGGCGGCCAAUGAAUGCCUUCCUCCUCUUCUGCAAACGCCACCGCUCCCUGGUGCGGCAGGAACACCCUCGCCUGGACAACAGGGGUGCCACCAAGAUCCUGGCUGACUGGUGGGCAGUGCUGGAGCCCAAAGAGAAGCAGAAAUACACUGACAUGGCCAAGGAGUACAAAGAUGCCUUCAUGAAAGCAAACCCUGGCUACAAGUGGUGUCCCACCACCAGCAAACCAGUCAAGAGCCCUUCCUGUCCGCCUGUCAGCAACCCCCGCAAAAAAGUUUGGUCCUUCUCUUCCACGUCAGCCAAGGACUCCACCACUGCCAAGAAAGUGCCCAAAGCAGACAGCAUGCCACAGUUAAACUUUGCCAUGGCAGAUCCUACAAAGAUGGGAGGCCUUAGCAUGCUGCUGUUAGCUGGUGAACAUGCCCUCACAAACAGAGAGAUCCCUUCCAGCACUAAGCCUAGUUUACCUGACACAGCCAGUGAAGGGAACUCUUAUCCAGGGGAUGAGGAAGAGAUGAUGUCCGGGACGAUCCCCAACAGAGCGCCUGACGUUACUGAAAGCAGGGUCCAGCCUGCCCUCUCCCCACAGGCAGAGAUGUCUACGUCUGCAGCACCUGAAGGAAAACCCUGCAGGCAGUCUGCUCUCUUCCAGCUCGCUGAGAUGUGCUUGGCGUCUGAAGCUGGAAAGAUGGACACCGUUGUGUGUCAGCCCGAGAACAGCUCCUCCUCCUCAGCCUCUCUGCAGCAACCUGCAGUCCAACCAGAGAUCAAGGAGGAGACGGCCGACACAGACGACUGUCCUCCUUCCUCGCACACUUCAGCUCCCUCACUUCUGCUCUCCUCUUCUACCUCCACUGAUGCCAUCACCCCACAACCCAGCAGCCAAAACACACGUGUCAAAAACAAGAGCAAGAAAAAACAGGCACUCAAGUCAAAUGAUGAAGAUGAGUUUCCCUGCUCAGCAAAGAAGUUGAUGAAGAAGUGUGACCAUGCAGAAUCGAGCGUGGACAGUGUGUUCAGUACUAUUGAUGCAGUGGCAAAAGGAGCCUGGAAGGAGACAGAGGAGAAGCCUAAGAAGAAACUCCAGAGCAGUCCUAACGGUGGGAGCUCUGGUUUACCUAAAAAGAAGACCAAGCCCAAAGUCAAGACCUUCAUCAAAGACAAAGAGGAGGAGAUGGAGGAGGAUGGAGAGCGGGGUUGGCAGUACAGCUCCUCUGAGGCGGAGGUAAAGGAAGCAAUGACUGAUGUUAGUACCAAGGCUGAAGCAGAAGAAGCAAGCAUUGGAAGCACAGAUAUUCAGGACAGCAUGGCAGAAGACCAUCACUCCCCCUGCAGCCUUUCAUCCCCAAAGCUCAAAGAAGAAGACAAGGGGAAGGAGAGGUCGAGUGAGGGGAUGUGUGAGUCCAGCACAGAGAACCGUGGCUCCAGGAAGUCAGAGCGGAGCUGCAAAGGGGCCCUUUAUAAAACCCUCGUUUCUGAGGGGAUGCUGACGUCACUGAGAGCCAACAUCGACAGAGGUAAAAGAGGAGCUUUCCGUGCCUCUGAUCACGAUGCAAACUGGAGUGAUGACAGCUGGACGAUUGCCCAGGUGGGACCUAAUAACCCCAAGAAGCUGAAAAAGUCCAAGUCCAAAGAUGACUCUUCACAGGGCCUCGGGAAACUGGAGGAGGAGUUUGAAAGGAAGUUUAACAGCCUUCCUCAGUACAGCCCGAUGACAUUCGACAAGAAGGGGACGACUGUCACAAAGAAGAAGAAGAGCGACGGCUCCCCUGUCCAAGAGGAAGUCUCCAAAGCUGUAAAAGGGUCAUCUCCAUCUCAGAAAAAGACUUCAUUCCACAAGAUUGUUAGGAAGCACAAACACAAAAAGGACAAACCAGAUGCAGUGGACAAAGCAGUGGUACAGAGUGACUCCAGCGUGCUGGAUUCAGUUUCCAAAGCCAAAUCAUGUGCCCCCGUUGCCAUAAUGUGCCCAGACAUGCAGGGCCCCACUAGUAUGGAGAUGCUAGUCGGUAGCCAGAAGAGGAAGGCUAGGAAGACCAAGAUCACACACUUGGUGCGCACCGCUGAUGGCAGCGUGUCUCCAGUUGAGGAGGAAAAAAACAGGGACCUGACCCAGGAACAGGAUAUGAAGCCAUUACCCCAACAGAAUUUAUGCAAUGAAGAAGGGUGCUACAGUAAUCCCAGGGCGGAGGAGGAGGAGGAAGAGGAGGCGGAGCAGAGCGUGGCACCACAAGAGCUACCUGCUUUCUUCAGCCUCGCAGCCCUCGCUGAGGUAGCAGCCAUGGAAAAUGUUCACAGAGGCCAGAGAGGCUUGGCUGAGAGUAAGAAGAAAGAGCUCGGCCAGACUCCUGUCCUCAUUUCUUGUGCUGAUCAGUGAAACUCUGCUGCUUUUGUAAGAAGCCAACAUGGACACUGGAAGUGGAUCUUUACUUUCCCUGGCGGUAACCCUACGCUAAAGGGAGACUUGAUCUGGAAGUGUGGACGGACUCCAGCUUCCCCCCUUGUGGUGAAUUUACUUGAGCUCGGGUUCAUGUUGGAGAACGAGCCCCUCUCCUCCGUGCUCCUCGCUAUCUCAGUGUUUCCCCUGAAGCCUUCCUUCGGUUGGAGGGAGGAUGCCUUUUCUGAACUGCUCCCAACCCCUUAGAUGCUCUGUUAGGGCCUGUGGAAGAACCAAACUGUUCCCCAGUGCAUGGCUUCCCUUGUAGAAAUGGAUGUCAUGGGUUCAUUGUACCCUGUUUUAAGGUCAAAUCUUGCAAUUUAAAAAUAGCAUUUUAGAUAAACGCAACACGGCAUUGGUUUUAUAGACAACACAGCUUUCUGUUACCUUUUUACCUCACACACGCCUACUGAAGAGUUCCCUCCACCUCUGCUAGAAUACCUCUGUGUUUAAAUAGCUCUGGCCCCGCUCUGUCCUUCCAGCUUCGACCCAAAACGACUUUAACCAGGGUAAUGCUUCUGAUGGAUAGACUUCCAGUUACAAACUACUUGCUGAGUGUAUCCCUUUGGUGCACCGAUGCGUGUUCUUAAACUACUUUAAAUCAUGGUUAAGUAUUUGUACCUUAUAAUAAUGCUACUGUUGAAGAGUGUGUGGUAGCCAUAACUAAUCAUGUUAGACUGAAUGUGAGAGACGACCUGCACAUACCCUUUCAUCUGAAGUAGUCUGCUGUAGGAUGUUUGUACGUCAUGUUACCUAAACGUUGGUCCAUAAAGUCUCAGUCAGGCUCAUAGACGGCUUCUUGUAACAGGGAGGUUGUGUGAAAGUGAUUCAGAUAUAGCCUUACCCCCCCACCUAGACCUGCUCUCCCCCCACCAAGCUCUCAGCCAGUUUCUUACUGGACGCCGUCACAGUCCUAAAUUUGAUGUAAAAAUUUUGGAUGGUGAAAUGCAGUUUUUGUCGAUACUUGAUCUUAUUGCAGUUUGCGUAGCAAUUAGGAAGAGUAACUCUUUGUGUGCAACUUAUUUACUGGAAUAGGUGUUUUUUUGUUUGUUUAUUAUACAAACACUGCACUAAUUUGUAGCCGUAGUUGCUCUUGGAAAGGUGAGAUAAUGCUUUGUCUCCAGUGAACGCAUUGUUCCUUCAACAUAGCCCCCAAUUGUGUCUUUAGUGUCCUCAGGACCUGGCUAAAGCCAGCCACAUAAAGACGAGUUUGACAAUCUGAAUCGAUGAUAUGUUUCAUGAAAUCGUUUUAUAUCACGUCUCAUAAAAUGAGAAAUGAAAAAAGGCUAUGCUUUGGUUCCUGUCGGAGUGAAUGGAGACAGAGCAUUAGAAAAGUAAUUCCCCUUUUAUUUCCUUUUGGCCUUUUGAGAUUUUAUUGCCAAGUAAUGGUCUACUCAGAGGUCUCAGUCAAUCAUUGUGAUAUGUAGAAGUAUUAUUCUUGUUGUGUUAGUCUUUGAUGUUGAUGUGCGGUCCGUAUCAUUCCAUUUCCAUGCCUCUGUCUUUGCCAUACUUCUGUUUACAGUUACAUGAGCUAAAGUAGUGAAGAAAAGAAAAGGUGAAUGCAGUCGAGCUGCAGGUUUUUGUCUUCCUGAGGGUCGAUGGAACCUGGAAGAGCUGCCACAGGCUAAUGGAGGUCAACUAAGAGCUACACUUACUCUCUAGCAAUACCCCUCUCCCUCCCUCGCAGCCUUCGUUUCUCUGUGUAGACCAAUACUUUCCUUAAUUUAUCACAUUCAGUUGAACCACAUUUCUAACGUGUGUAGUUCUUCCUUUUCUUUAGAUGAUUUGUUUUUCUAAGUGUGUGCAUUUAUGAUGCUCUUUAAUUUCGGUUGUUUGAACUUCAGUGUUUUUUUUCCUGAGGUCAAGAUUACUGGAUCAAGAAUGUUGUCAAAAGAGAUCCGGCUCCUAGAUGACGCAUGUUUCUAUGCUUACCUGCGAAGGUACACAGGCACUGAGAUUCAUGCAGCAUCUCUACACUUGAGCCCAUCUCUUCACCUCUGAAGGUGUGUGUCUGCCUGUGACUGCUUCACCUUUUUAUGAUAUGUGAUACGAUGUGUUGAGAGUAAUUUGACUCUUCCUGACAGGACAGACAAAAAAACAAAUGGGUCUUAGAGAACUUGCUUUUCUUUCAUAGUAUUUUCCUAAAUCAAAGCAUUGUUACGUAGUAAUGAUGUUUUGCUUAUGUAAGCCCUUGUGUGCAAAUAGGAGAUAUGUGCAAAGAAUCUAUGAUUCCUCUCUAAAUUUGUGUUUAAAAUCUAACAAAGUAAUUACAAUGUUUCCCAACUACACUAAAGGAAACCGCAGAAUGCUUUAAGAUAAUCCUAAUAAUAAUGAGAUAUAUUUUUUCAGAUAUGAGAGAAAGUUACAUCAAGGUUCUUCCACUGGUGGACAUCAGUGUCAUUCUUUGCAAAGACAAAGAAAUUGUCUUCCCCCCAAAUAGAGAUAUAUUUGCUUAUAGCAAGUGAGUUUAUUGACAUUUGCCAAAGAAAAGGGAAAGGUUAUAUUUAAACAGAAUCCUGUUUUUUUUUCUGCAAGAAAGUAAGCAUAACAGUUGCACUGCAUUUUCUAGGUGUGUAAAUCUUCAGGUAACAAUAUCAGCACAAUUCAUCCUGUGUAUCUCUAGGACUCCCUCGGUGUUUGAACCCAGAGUUGAAAGUGCAACAAAAGGGCACCACUCGAUGCCUCUGUUCAUAAACAGUAUUUGCACCUUAUUACCCAAACCAAAAUAAUCAUGGUAUUUGAAGAAAAGAUAUAAUUUUUACCCUCUCUAUGAAAAUUAUGCAUUUUAACCAUAUAUUUAGGAGAAAUUACAAGUCGAUAAGAAAUCCACACAUCUACCAAACAGCCAUAAUACUGUCAUUCUCCACGCCCUCACUUUUCUAUCUAGAAAAUGCUUCUAUAAAGUUGAAAUUCCUAUAUUAGUUACCGAAAUGACUAUAAUACCCUAUUGUGCUAGUACUGUCUUUCUUGAAUGUAAUCAUUUUGUACCUGUAUUUUCUAAUUCAGUCUUGAUUGUACUGUAUGUAUGCUAUGAUGAUGUACUGUUCCUUGGUGAGUAGUUCGUUUCAAACCGACAGGAGAGCUGCUGCGCUGCGAACUCGGUGGAAAUCUGUGGAGAUUUGAAGUCCAAAUGACUUACUGUACCUUAUGAGCAUUCAUGAGACUGAUAACUGAGAGAUUCUUGCAAUUGAAACAGUAGUAAAACAGCCUUUUCCUGGUUUGCUACUUCUCUUUCCUCGUGGUAAAAGGUAAAGUCUGUGCAGGACAGUUUAUAAAACAAGGACACUCCUGCAAUCAGAUAGAACGAUUGAAUGCUUGAGUUUCAACUUAUUUAUUACUGUUCCUUUUAUAGGUUUAGCUAAAUAAAAAACAAUAAAAUAUACAACUGAAUAUGCAUCCAUUUAUACAUGAACAUGUAUAAGAUUAUCUACCCUUUACUGGAAUGUAGAUUAUUGCUUUUAUGUGAACGAGGUUAUCUGCAGAUCUUUUACGUCUCUUUCCUCUGAUAGUUUGUACGAUGUGUUGAAUCUAAUUUAUGUCACUAGUAAUCACCAUGACUGCUAUGUUUUAUGAUUGUUGCAGCCCACUUAUUAAAUGCAGCCUUGCCUUACUGGAACCCCUGCUUAGUGAGGGAUCCCUCAGUCACCUGUUUGCCCUCUGUAUCCUACAUCACCCCUCCCUACACACACACACACACAUACACAUACACAUACACACACACACAACUCUUAUGUCAUAACACUGUUUGCUGAUGCAACUAUUAUUCCUUUUACAAUUUCUGCUGACGCAACUAUUACUUCUUAAACACCUAUUAAAACAGUAUCUAUUCCA